UCAUCAGUCUGCGGCAGAGAGCGGCGUCGCGUUCAAACGACGCGCGCUGUCCUGAAAAACAUCCGUGCAGCUGACAUGGCGGCGCUGCUGAGAGGUCUGCGGGUCGGAGGGACGCUGCGGAGGUUUGGCAGCGUGGUGGCUGCACCAACACCAACGAAUCCCCGGUGCUGCAACAGUCUGAAAUGUGGCUUCCACCGUGCAGCCGUGAGGCUUCAAGAUGACUCCAAAUCUGACAAGCCCUCGUCCUCCUCAUCCACAACCUACCACGAGCACUACCAGGCCCACUCUGCCGACCAGGACGCUGCUGCAGCCUCCAGUGGAGCUGCGGCGUCCGAGCCUGCUGCCGAGGAGGCUUCCAGACCAAACACGAGUUACCAAGACCAGAGCGGCGAGCACGGCGAGGAGUACGAAACAGAGGAACAGCUGCAGGCUCGAAUCCUGACGGCGGCGCUGGAGUUCGUGCCUCAACAUGGGUGGUCGAUGGAAGCCAUUGCAGCCGGGGCCGAGACACUGGGCCUGUCCUCUGCCUCCACUGGGAUGUUCUACAACGGAGCUGGAGACUUGGUUCUACAUUUUAUCGCCCAGUGUAAUUCACAGCUGACUGACAUUCUGGCUGAACAGCACAACCAGGUCCAGCUGGGCCAGGCCGAACCGAAGGAGACUGCCGAGUUCUUACGGGACGCCGUGGAGACCAGACUGAGGAUGUAUAUCCCCUACGUUGAAACAUGGCCUCAGGCGAUGAGCAUCCUGCUCCUUCCUCACAACAUCCCCGACAGCCUGAAGCACCUGUCCACCCUGGUGGACGACAUCUGGUAUUACGCCGGGGACAGAUCCACAGACAUGAACUGGUACACUAAACGGGCCGCGCUGACCGGCAUCUUCAACACCACCGAGCUGGUGAUGGUGCAGGACUCCUCCCCAGACUUCCAGGAUACCUGGAACUUCCUGGACAACCGCAUUCAGGAUGUCGUCAACAUGGCCAGCACGGCCAAACAGGUCCAGUCGACCGGUGAAGCGGUGGUGCAAGGGCUCAUGGGAGCUGCGGUAACGCUGAAGAACCUCACAGGAGCCAAUCAGAGGCGAUGAUGUCACACAGCUGUUCCAGUCUCACUCGUCCGGUCCGCUCUGCUCGUGUUUAUGAGCCGAGGAUCAGUUUUCAUUUUGCUUGCCGCCGCUGCAGCGUCCCAUGUAUGUCAUGCUGUCUGGGUGUGGAUGUGUUGGUGUGCAGCUUUUCCUCAGCAGGACAGGUGUGUCUCUCUGUUCGGUUUUGUUGUCCUUCUCCCUCCAAGACGUCACCUCCCUGCUCAGAUCAUUUCCCCCCCAAAACAUAAUUUAAACUGCAAAACUUUAUCUUAUUUUUUUGUUGGAUUAGUUCAAACUUCAAUAAACUGAUCAUCAUGGCAUAUUUAAA